AUGGGGCCGUGGCUCGAAGACUUAGCCGACGAUCUCCAAAGCCUAAGCUUCACCUCCACUUCCGCUUCCACCGUCACCAUAAACAGCAGCACUAGCUUUGGCUCUGCCUCCAACUCCGGCUCUUCCUCCCUCGCUCCCUCUGCUCACGGUUCCUUCUCUUCCAAACCCCAUCGUUCCGGCUCCCUCUCCCUCGCCGACCUCCGCUUCUCCCUCCGCCUCGGCUCCGGAGACAUAGGCUCCGUCUACUUAGCCGAACUCAAGUCUCAACCCCCACCUGCUGACACCAAUGCCGCAAGCACAAACAGUAACAAUAUCAACAACAAAAAAAACGAAGUCGUCUUUGCAGCGAAAGUGAUGGACAAGAAAGAGCUAGCGUCGAGGAGUAAAGAAAAGAGAGCAAAGACUGAGAUGGAAAUACUCAAAUUGUUGGACCAUCCUUUUUUACCCUCACUUUACGCUGCCAUCGAUUCCCCUAAAUGGCUCUGUUUGUUAACGGAGUUUUGUCCCGGUGGCGACCUUCACGUCCUUCGUCAAUGUCAACCUUUCAAACGUUUCUCCGAAUCCGCCGUCAGGUUCUAUGCAUCGGAGGUGGUGGUAGCUCUGGAGUACCUUCAUAUGUUGGGGAUUGUUUACCGUGAUCUAAAGCCUGAAAACGUGCUUGUUCGAUCAGAUGGUCACAUUAUGCUCACAGAUUUUGACCUGUCGUUAAAAUGUGAUGAUUCUACAUCAACGCCCCAGAUUAUUUCUGAUAAAAAAUCACCAGUUCCAGCUCCGAAAAGCGACUAUCCUAUUGAUCAUCCUCGUUUCACAUCCUCCUCUCCAUGCAUUAUUCCAAAUUGUAUAGUACCUGCUGUGUCAUGUUUCCACCCAAAACACAAAAGCAAAAAGAAGACUUGCCACCGCAGUGGUCCUGAGUUUGUGGCCGAGCCCAUUGAUGUCCGGUCCAUGUCUUUCGUCGGGACGCAUGAGUAUUUGGCACCGGAAAUUGUGUCCGGUGAGGGCCAUGGUAGCCCUGUGGAUUGGUGGACACUUGGGAUCUUUAUGCAUGAACUGUUUUAUGGGGUAACACCAUUUAAGGGUGUAGACCAUGAACUAACCUUAGCUAACAUUGUGGCUCGAGCCCUUGAGUUCCCCAAAGAACCCACGGUUCCCAUAGCGGCCAAGGAUCUUAUAUCUCAGCUAUUGGUUAAGGAUCCUGCAAGGCGGUUAGGGUCCACAAUGGGAGCAUCAGCCAUCAAGCACCAUCCAUUCUUCCAAGGGGUCAACUGGGCAUUGCUAAGAUGUACACCCCCACCAUAUGUCCCUCCACCAUUUAGUAGAGAAGUUGCAUCAGACGACGGCUGUCCGGCGACCAAAUUGGACUAUUAUUAGGUGAAGUAAAGAA